UCGUACGACGAAUCAAACCUGCCAGGUGAAUAUCUGCCUUUUCUUGAUUCUGCACCACAAGCGACUGAGAACGAAGUUCAUCCAACUGAUACGGUGAAACAACUCCGUGCUGCUAGCUCGGAACAUCCAUUCCGAAAGACCAAUGGAAAGUGUGAUGCAUCCAUGCCCGAAAAACAGCUCCAGUGCCCAGGUCAGUCGAAAGAUUCAGAAGGAAUCCCAGGAAUACAAAGGGCGGAAGACCAAAAAAUCGAACCAGUCUUGAUUUAUAUUGCUUUCGUAAAUACGUCCAAAGGGUCAUUCGAUUGUAAACAUAUUUUGUUAACUCAAAAUGAGGUGGACAACCAGAUAAAUAUAUUGUCGACGGUUUUAUGCGGCGCCGAUGUUCUGCUCACAAUUACGUUUAGUUCAAUAAUGAAAGCCAUGGACGUUUUGCGAUCCAUAAGAACUAAAGAGAGAGAAGAGAUAAAAUGGUACUUCAAUGAGACGUUACCAAGGAAAUAUCUCAAUUUUGUUCAGUCUGUGCUGCACAAUAGGGACGGGACGGUUUACCAAAAUGAUAAGAAGACAAAACAAAUUCAAAGAACUGACGUCAAUCUCCCACAGCAACCACCAGUACAUGCUAAAACCUCCCAACACAACCCAUUCGGAAAUAAAAGUGGCGAAACAGCACAGCAAUCAACCAAAAGCACAACUCGCCCAUUCAAAAAUAAAGGUCUAGCCUGUGAAGCUCUUAGCUUACUCAAGAUGAAUAAUUUAAACUCAGAGACCCAAUUAGGAUGUUCUUUAACAUCACCGAAUGAUACGGUCGAUUUCAGAAAGGAGCAACUGGCCAAUAAACUGAACUAUAUCCAAAAUCGGUCAUCACAGAUGCUGCAUGAGCUAAGGAGUAAAACAGAUAGGGCUAAUCAAAGAACAGAAUAUAUCCGAUGCGUUCAAGGUAUUACAGAUCGCUUGUCAAAUUCAAUCACCUCUGAGAAUUUUGAAUACAUUUUGGAAUUAGAAACGAUUAAAUUUGAUAUAGAAUGUUGUAGAUUAGAAUCCGGUCUGCCUAUUUAUGGAAGAAGAUCCGGUGUCCUAAAGUUGAUCCAGGAAAACCAAGUAGUCAUUAUCCAAGGUGAAACCGGUUCUGGUAAAAGUACGCAGUUAGUCCAAUACCUCUACCAAGCUGACUUCGGUAAAACAGGAAUGAUAACAUGUACCCAGCCUAGAAAGGUUGCGUGUGUUAGUCUUGCUGAAAGGGUAGCAACAGAACUGGUUACAAACGUUGGCCAAAUUGUCGGCUACAAAUCGGGAUUAAGAAGAAAAAUAUCUGCACAGACGAAGAUUGUAUAUCAGACUCAUCACAGAUUACUCCAGGAGUGCCUUAAGGAUCGCAAACUAACCAAAUACUCCUGCAUCAUUAUUGAUGAAGCUCACGAAAGGAGCAUAUAUACUGAUAUUCUACUAAGCAUCAUUAAAAUGUGUCUUCCAGUUCGCCCAGAUCUUAAAAUUAUCAUUACAUCCGCUACCAUUGAAGUCGACAUAUUUUCUAGAUACUUUUCCAACUGCCCAGACAUACAAAUAUCUGGCAGAGCGUUUCAAGUGAAUGUUAUUUGGCGGAAUGCAAAUCAACAAAAUAUCGAUUUCGAAAAUAUUGGGGUAGCAGCUGUGGACUUAGCUGAGCAUAUCCAUAAGACAGAAGGACCAGGGGACAUUUUAGUUUUCCUUACUUCACCAAUGGACACUGAAACAUGCAAAGAAGAUUUAGAGAGUAGAUUAACAGAGCGAACCAACUACAAAUGUUUUCCAUUUCACGGUCAGCUGCAACCCGCUGAACAACAGGAAGUAUUGCAGGAUCUCCCAGUGGGACAGCGUAAAAUUGUGUUUGCUACAAACGCAGCAGAAACAUCUAUCACUAUUCCAGGAAUCAGGUUUGUGAUUGACACUGGAAUGGCUAAAGAGAGAGAGUUCGAUUCUAUUAAGCACAUCAAUACACUUAGACUUAAAGUUAUCAGUAGGAGCUCUGCUAAUCAAAGGAAAGGUCGAGCUGGAAGGACAGCUCCCGGGACAUGCUACAGGCUAUAUACAAGACAGAGCUACGAAGAAAUGAAUCCCACCAGCGUCCCUGAGAUACAAAGGGUGCAUCUAGGACAAACUCUUUUAAUGCUUUACGAAAUGGGUAUUGAUCCUUUGGUGUGUGAAUUUGUAGAAGCCCCAAGUCCUAAAGUUAUGGAUGCUGCGCGAAAGACGCUAGAAGAGCUCCGGUGUGUGGUUGGUGGUAAAAUAACAGAGCUAGGAAAGUGGUUGGCGAAAAUUCCCAUGGAACCACGGCUAGCAAUUAUAAUCAAACUAGGCUAUGAUAAAGGAAUUUUAUUUGAUGCUAUAGUUUUUGCAGUUCUGUUUGGUUCGUGUGACAAUUCCAUAUUUUAUCGCUCAGGGUCAGAUGACGAAAAGACGAAAGCCGAUCAACUAAAACUUAGAUUCUGCCAUGAUAAAGGUGAUGGCGUCACAUUUAUGGAGAUCUACAAGGAAUGGGUGAAGCUACCAGAACGACAUCGGGGACCAUGGUGCUUCGAAAAUAAAAUCAACGCCAAGGUUUUGCGAGGUGCCAGGGAAACAAUCAUAGAAAUCAUUGCAGUUUUGAGAAAGGAAUAUAACAUCAUAGUUGAUGAAAAUUUAAAAAGUGGAAAAGAAACUGUGGAGCAGCUGCAGAAAUUUGUUCUAUACGCCUUCUUCAACAAUAUAUGUUGUCACAUCGGCCAUGACAAAUUGGGAUAUUUUGUUCCAGAUUUAGACCAAAUGGUAUCUCUUCAUCCAUCGUCGGCUCUUAAAGCCCUGAACGAUUCUAGCGAAUGGUUGGUAUUUGGCAAUUUUCUUCGUACAUCGCGUGACUUUAUCACAACAGUAACCCCCAUACGAGAAGAAUGGAUUACUGAGAUAGCGAACGAGAAAAAACAGCAUUUCGAUUUUGAAAAGGUAAGAAGCAUGAAAUUGUCCAAAACUCAUACGGAACUGUUUGGGAAAACAACCAUGGCGAAUUUUAUCGGAGCUAAAUAUACAAAUAUCAAACGUUGUGAAGACGUCCUAUCAGAUGAAUUUCAAACGCCAAUCGUUCUAGAUGUGAACAGGGAUCUGGGUGAAAUCCAUUUAUUUUCUCCCAGUAAAGCCCUCCAGUCAGUUGAUCAUUUUAAAAGCAUGGUGAAAAGCGUUAAAGACCAGGUUAAGAAAGGGUUUUGCGAGUUUCGGCUUGGAUCAGCCCGAUUUGGCGGUGUACGAAUAGUUAUUGGAACUGGCGGAGAGGGACAGAUGAUACUUUUACCAAAUGAAUACCGAUCUGUUUAUGUAGUAAAACAUACCGGUGAUACUAACACGAAAGAAAUCAUCCAUAAGUUCUCUGUUUUUGGAGAGAUUGUAGAAAGCUGGGAAGACGCUGGUCCUGGCGGUCGUUGGGGAAAACUGACUUUUAAAUCACCUGAGAGUGCCUUGGAGGCUGUUCGCGUAACUCGGAAUAUGGAGAGUGAUGUGGCCGCUCCAGAGAUUAAAAUUUUUAAUGAUAGCCAUGCUUAUCAAUUUAAAGUCAAAUUAAUGUGGUGCAGAAGACCCUUAACUGGCUUAGGAUUUGUGGACAUCGAUCCAUCUGAACUUGACAAAGCUCUAGAAUUUGGCGAGUUACAAGUACUGGACAGCAUCGUCACUAUAGACUUGGACAGAAAGACUCGAAGAAGUCUGUGUUUGAGAAGAUUGCCCCAAACAGUGACCGAGAACGAUAUACACACGAGUCUCUGCAGUGUGUUAGGGUUACAUACAAAAGAUGAAAAGGCUCGAAUAGGUACCAUUUAUUUAAUCCGGGAAAAGGUAAGAACGACUGAUAACGAACUAGUUUAUAUUAAAGAGUUGAUUGAGAGGGCGAUAAGUAACCUCAUCCCUCCUGACUCAUUCGUGGUGGAUUUGACUCCCAGAAAGGAUGCCAAUAUUAAUUACCUUGCUUGCGUUAGAUUUAACCACAUACAGCAUGGUGAAAUUGUCAUUGAUAAGGGGUUGGUGAUAAUGGGAAACACUGUCCGAAUAACACCAGACGUAUCAACAUUCAUCAACGUUACACAUAAUGUGUUUGAGAAGCUGUGUCCAGCUGUUGAAGAAAAUAUCCAGAUUCUAAAAAGUCAUGGAUACGGUUUGGAUUUCAAUUGCCAAUUCAAGCGGAUAAAUAAAAACCGGGUAUCGAUCCAAUUAUUCUCUACCAAACCAAGAGACCUUGCCCGCGUUAGAUUUAUUCUGGCUGGACUACUGAAAGGAGACAACUUGGAAUGUUGGAGAGACGACAAAUACCGUUUUCUUUUUCUCCAAGAAGGUCGGAAAUAUCUUAGAGAUUUAGGAAAGAAAACGAACACAUAUAUUGUGGUUGAUGACAGACGAAUUAACGUCAAUUUAUAUGGAACAAGGGAAGAUACAUCCACGGCACUAAAUGAAAUCGAAAAGUUUCUGACACAAAUCAUUGAAGGUACUGGUAGGGAAAUUUCUCUUGGUUCUGCUGACCAGCCAAAAGGAUUGAUGAAAACUCUUAUCAAAACAUAUGGACUGAACCUGGAGACGCUCACGGAGGAGGAAGGGUUGUACUCGGUGCUUUUAAACUACCCCACAAAAGUCCUUAGACUCAUUGGACCCAAAGAGAACGUUGAUACAGCAAUCCGCAAGAUAACUUCCAUCGCCAGCGAAAUAAACAAAACCAAUUCAGAAAUGAAAGCCGAUAACGAACUUCCAGAAUGUAGUAUUUGUUAUACUGCUGUCGAGGAGAUCUCCACGCUAUACAGACUGGAAUAUUGUGGGCAUGCGUAUUGUCUAGACUGUCUAUGUCAACAGACCAAUCUAGCUAUACGGAAUAAAGAUCUACCCAUUAUGUGUGGAGGAAAGGGGUGUCAGGAGUCGUUCGUAUGGCAAGAUUUCCUCUACUGUUUUAAGAAAUUUAAUAUAGAGGAUGAAAGCUUGGUUAAUGCUGCUGUUGACAAGUUUGUUAUGAAGAAUCUGGAAUCCUACCACCAUUGUCUAACUGCUGACUGCCCAAUGAUAUACCGUGUUACAUUACAUGGUGCGUUAUUUAUGUGUGGCGAAUGCCGAUUGAAAAUCUGUACAACUUGUCACGUUGAGUAUCACGAUGGUCUGACGUGUGAAAUGUAUAACAAUGUGCCCGAAGAAGAAGAGGAUGAAUGCUUGGUUAAUGCUGCUGCCGACCCGUGUGUAAUGAAGAAUCAGGAACCCUACCGCCAAUGUUUAACUGCCGAAUGCCCAAUGGUAUACCCCGUUACAUUAACUGGUGAGUCAUUUGUGUGUAGCGAAUGCCGACUAAAAAUCUGUACAACCUGUCAUGUGAAGUACCACGAUGGUUUGACGUGUGAAAUGUUCAAAAGUAUGUCAAAAGCAGAAGACAGUUUAGCGAAGUUUCUGAGAGAAAAUAUAGACACGGUUAAGAUGUGUCCCAAGUGCAAAACCCUAAUCGAGAAAACCUAUGGCUGCCAUCAUAUGAGUUGUAAAUCGUGUGAUAAUCAUUUUUGCUGGCUUUGUUUAGCUAGUUUUGGAACCGACCAGGAAUGCUACACUCAUUUAGAAAAAGACCACGGAGGUAUUGGGUACUAAGAGUAAACAUAGACGUGUAUAAAAAUAGACGUUGCCAUAAUAUUCGUCUCCAAAUGGGUUAUGUUGGCUUUGUAUAGCUGACAUCGAUAAACAAAGACCGUGGCAGAUUAAUGAAUUUGAUUGCUUAGUUUUAGAAUCUGUUUUCUGCACAUCAUAGGUUACCAAUCGCACAAAUGGCUCUGAUACUACAAGCAUUAAUUUUUGUUUUAUUUAUUUUACUUCCUAACCGAUUGGAUUGUAGACAGUAAGAACAUUUUGAGAGGGAAAAGGGUUAACAUCAACUCCACGACACAAAGUAGGUAAUUUCGGGACUAACAUUCAAUAAUUCACUCGCCCGAAGAGGUCUUUAGCUGUCUGAUGAACCCGGAGAACGCUGAAAUAACUCACCAGGUUGGAUACUCGACCUUACCCCUUACAAUCCGAUAAUCUAAUUUACGCUAUUUGACUCAAUGAAAGAUCAUUCGUCUUCAGAACAAACAUCCCCACCUCCAUCCUCCCCCUAUCAACUUGUCAGAUACCGGCAUUGGUUUAAGAUGGGGUUUCUCCAAUAAGAUAGCACCUAGUCUCUGUAGUAAAAAUAUAAUUUUUGGAUCACCUGGGUUGAUUAGAUUAAAGAUUUAAAUUCAGUUGAUUUUCGACAUUCUUCGCAUAUACAUAAUAAUCUGAAAUUUAAGUCAAGAUUUGGCUUUAUACUCGUUGAUUGUUAAUUGUUUUAUCUUCAAAUUAAAAGAAAUGCUUAUUUACAGGUAUAUUCAUACUUGGGAACCUAGCUGACUCAGUGAGUAGGCGAUGGGCCAAUAUCCAGGAGGUCCGGGGUUCUACCCCGGCGUUGAUCGCGAAUUGUCCCCAGGAUUGCCCCUUUGUCAAUGGUAUAGGACGGAGUAAAACGUCUAGUCGUUCGGGUGGGACGAAAAACUGAAGUCCCGCGGACGCCCUGUCCACGCAAACGUCCUUCAUAGAACUCUGUAUGGCAUAGUCCGUCUUCAUUAGCCCAGUCGGUGCAAACAAAGGACGUUAAACCCAAAUUCAUUUCAUAUUUUAUUUGGGUGAAUUGUAAAUAUAUAUAAACAUAAUAUUUUAUAGUCUGUAAUGAAUGGGUACUGUUACAAUAUUUGAUUGGAAUGGAUGUUUUUAUUAUUUAUAUAUUUUGUUGCAUAUUAAUUUCAAUUAUUAAUGAUGGUGAUGGUGAUGUAAAUUAUAGUAAAUAUUUUGUGUAUAAUUAAUAUUAUAUAUUAUUAACCGGGGAAUAUUUUGUGUAUAAUUAAUAUUACAUAUUAUAAACAGAAGAAUUUUGUGUUUAAUUAAAAUUAUAUAUUAUAAACCGGGGAAUAUUUUGUGUAUAAUUAAUAUUAUAUAUUAUAAACCGUGGAAUAUUUAGUGCAUUAUUAAUAUUAUAUAUUAUUAACCGGGGAAUAUUUUGUGUAUAAUUAAUAUUAUAUAUUAUAAACCGUGGAAUAUUUAGUGCAUUAUUAAUAUUAUAUAUUAUUAACCGGGGAAUAUUUUGUGUAUAAUUAAUAUUAUAUACUAUUCAAAAAAAGUAGGGGAUAUUUGAUUUUUAAGUGUUAUUAAAGUCACCUAAUGAAACUGACGAAGAAACAAAUGACAAAAUGAAAUGAAGUUCACAUUCAUCGAUUUAUUUCAAAUGAUCGUUAGACUAAGUAAGGCACAGACUGACCAUUAUAAGGGUAAAAUGAUACCCGGGGUCAAACAGCAAAGUUACCACAGCAUCACAACCAAGUCAGUAACGGGUAAAUCCUCCUCUGUUUGCCAAACAAGCAUUGAUCCGACGUGGCAUACUCCUAAUGAGACGUCUAAGGUCAUUUUGGUCCAGAUUGUCCCAUUCCUGUUGCAACGCAGCAGCAAGUUCUUGGACAUUGGCAGGACGUUGUUGACGUUGACGUAACCUCUGUCCAAGCAUGUCCCAGACAUGCUCGAUGGGGGAGAGGUCGGGACUCAGUGCUGGCCAAGGUAAUGUGGUGAUGUUCUGUUGUUGGAGGUAACCUGUAACGAUCCUGGCCCUGUGACAUCUUGCGUUGUCAUCCUGGAAGAUGAAAUGGCGGCCAUGACGUCGUGCGAACGGCACAACAUGGACUGCCAAGAUGUUGUCCCGGUAGUACUGGCCUGUAACACGCCCUGCAACAACAUGUAAAGCCGUUCUUCCAGCAACAGUGAUGCCUCCCCACACCAUAACAGAACCACCCCCAAAUCGAUCAUGUCUGAUGACGUUAACGUCUUGGAAGCGCUCGUUUCGACGACGCCACACCCUCCUACGUCUGUCCAAAAAAUCAACAGUGAACCUUGACUCAUCUGAAAACAUCACAUUGCUCCAGUGUCGAUUAUCCCAGUGUUGACGAUCCCUACACCAACGACGUCUUGCCUGAAUGUGAUGAUCUCUCAAACAAGGGAUCACGCGAGGACGUCGGGCGCGAAGGUGACCCCUAUGCAGUCGAUUCCGAAUCGUCUGGCCACUCACUCUCACACCAGUGUCUGUUUGAAGACGAGCGCUGAUCUGAUUUGCUGUGAUGACACGAUUUCUCAAGGCCAAGGUACGGAUAAAUCGAUCCCGGGCUUGAGUUGUCGCCCUUGGUCGACCUGAGCGUGGUCUGUCCUGCACAGAUUGUGUAUCACGGUAUCUGGACCAUAGCCUGCUUAUGACAGACUGAGAAACAUUCAUCGUCCGCGCCACAACCGCCUGUGUUUUGCCGAUCUGUAGCAUGCCAAGGGCACGUAACCUUUCAUUUUGGGUAAGCCGACGCAUAUCAAAAUUUGUUUUCCGGUCACUAAAACAAUUAAACUGAUGUUUCCACCCUGGAAUUCAAUGCCACAAUGACUGUAACAUUCAAAGUCAGAGUCGUGCAAAUCUUGGGUUGGACCCCCAUGAUGAUACAAAGCAUCACCUGCAUUCCAUGCGGUAGCUAUUGGUGCGUUUGGGCGUCACAUGUAACUGGAAAUGUUUCUUCUGUUAGGUUCUAUAGUGACUUUUUUCGUAGUCAUUUGCAUAUUUUAGUAUUAUGCCCCCAAAAUCAAAUAUCCCCUACUUUUUUUGAAUAGUAUAUAUUAUAAACCGGGGAAUAUUUUGUGUAUAAUUAUAAUUUUAUAUUAUAAACCCGGGAAUAUUUUGUGUAUAAUUAAUAUUAUAUAUUAUAAACCGGUGAAUAUUUUGUGCAUAUUUAAUAUUAUAAACCGGGGAAUAUUUUGUGUAUAAUUAAUAUUAUAUAUUAUAAACCGGUGAAUAUUUUGUGUAUAAUUAAUAUUAUAUAUUAUAAACCGAUGAAUAUUUUGUGUAUAAUUAAUAUUUUAUAUUAUAAACCGGGGAAUAUUUUGUGUAUAAUUAACAUUUUAUAUUAUAAACCGGAGAAUAUUUCAAUGCAUACUUAUGAAUGCAUGGAUCCCGUCCUUUAAUACGUAUCUUAAAUCUUUGCAAUGUUAUUGAAAUUUAUGGAUAAUUAGUAUUGGCUGCAUACUAUAAUUAUAUAUUAUCUUUAUGCGUAUGACGAAGUGCUGUUUUCUGGGGGUUGUAGCCUAUUCCAACACUAACGAUAACGCGUGAUCUAACCUGGCCAACGCUCACAGUAACGAGAUAGGUAUCGCUAAGGCGACCCGCUUACCAGAUUAAAGUUACAGUAGAAUAUAGAACAUAUAUACAAGCUUAGGAUUAAAAUAAUUAUAUAAUAAUAUUUGACCAGAAAUGUUAAAUUGUACAUAAGAAACAGAUGUUUAAAUACAGAAGAUAAGGACAUUGCAAGAACGCGUGUUAAAUAUAAUUACGUGAUAUAUAUGGCUACAUUAAGUAUAAACCCAAACAGGUUAAAAACAUUGGUCAAUUUCUACUUUAAAUAAAAUUUUAUAAUAAAAUCUAUACAAAGAUACACUAUAACUUGCAUAACAAUUGUAAUGAAUUUAAAAAUAUAUCUUGUGUAUAAGAAAUAGGAUAUAUAUACAUGUAUCGUUAUAUUGCAGUUGUGGCUUAAAUAUAUUACAUAUCAAUUUCAUUUUUGAAAUAUAUUUUUUUUAUUUGUAAAGUUUUGAUACUUGUUUAUGUCCGUUAUAGAAUAAAUUAUAUUGAAUUACA